AUGAAAAGGAGAAUUAGUGCCAUGGAUUGUGACAUCUUCAAUGAACUCAGACUAGACGGUAAACUCUGUGAUGUGAUUAUCAUUGUUGAUGGACAAGAAUUUAAAGCUCACAAGAAUAUCCUGUGUAGCUGCAGUGCUUACUUUAGGGCUUUGUUUACCAGUGGCUGGAGCAACACAGAGAAGAAGGUAUACGACAUUCCUGGAGUUUCGCCAGACAUGAUGAAUGUGAUCAUAGAAUAUGCUUACAGUAGAACAGUGCACGUCACAGCUGACAACGUGAAGCAACUUCUGGCUACAGCAGAUCACUUUGGUGUGUUGGGCCUUCUGAUGGCAUGCUGCGAAUUCCUUGAGUGUCAGCUCUGCUUAGAAAAUUGCAUUGAGAUUUUUAGGUUUGCAGACCACUACUGCUGUCUUGAACUAAAAUGUAAGGCUCAGCUCUUCAUUCUUCGCAACUUUGAGGAGAUGGUAAAAGUAUCUAAAGAGUUUUUGCAGCUUGCAGCUUUUGAAAUUGCAGAGAUAAUUGAAAAAGAUGAGUUGAAUGUCAAACAGGAGAAUGUGGUCUUCAAAGCCAUUGUGGAAUGGAUUGCCAGUGACCCACAUAACAGGAAGAAAUUUAUGCCAUUUUUGCUUUCUAAGGUACGACUGGCAUUACUGAAUGCUGAAUAUUUCAUGUGCAAUGUCAAAAAUAAUGACUAUGUGAACGACAAUGAUGAAUGCAAACCUAUUAUAAUAAAUGUUCUCAGAGUCAUGGACAGCCUCAGUAUGAUCGGUCUUUCUCAUCAGGAUUACAGGAACCUGCUUACGAGGCCCCGGCUUCCAGAUGUGAUCUUCUUUGCUGUUGGUGGGUGGAGUGGAGAUAGCCCAACAAAUGCCAUUGAAGCAUAUGAUGCUCGUGCUAACAAAUGGGUUGAUGUCACAUUUGAAGGAGAAGCAGCUCGUACAUAUCAUGGAGUAGCAUUCUUAGAGGGAUACAUGUAUAUCAUUGGUGGAUACAGUGGUGAAGAUUACCUUAGCAGUGUCAGACGUUUUGACCCUGUCAGAAGGACAUGGCAGCAAGUUGCUCCUAUGCAUUCAAGCCGAUGUUUUGUUAGUGUGACUGUACUGAAUGGUUUCAUUUAUGCGUUGGGGGGAUUUGAUGGCUACAUCCGCCUCAAUUCAGCAGAGCGAUAUGAUCCAAAGACCAACCAAUGGACUUUAAUUUCCUCCAUGCAUGAACAGAGAAGUGAUUCAAGUGCCACAACUCUACAUGGAAAGAUAUACAUAUGUGGUGGCUUCACUGGGAAUGACAUCUUAUUCACAGUUGAAACAUAUAAUCCAGCAACCAACCAGUGGACCUUCACUGCACCAAUGACAAGCAGACGAAGUGGGAUAGGAGUAAUUACACAUCGAGGGCAUGUUUAUGCGGUAGGAGGUUUUGAUGGAACUAAUCGACUACAUAGUGCAGAAGCUUACAAUCCCCUUACCAAUACCUGGCAUACCAUCUCCAACAUGGUCAGCCCUCGAAGCAACUUUGGAAUUGGAGUGGUGGACGGUCUGCUGCUUGUUACAGGUGGCUUUAAUGGUUCUACAACCAUUUACAGUGCUGAAUGCUAUGAUGAAAAAGCUGAUAGGUGGCACGAAGUUGAUAGCAUGAGCCUUGAUCGCAGUGGGUUGAGCUGCUGUGUCAUUCCAGGCUUGCCAAAUGUGAGAGAAUAUACAGUGCCAAGGGGCACCUGUGAUGAGUUUUUAUUUUGA